AUGGACUGGCUUUGCCAGCGCCUUCGCGCCCGCGCGUUCUGCCAACGCCUUCGCCUUGCAUUUUCCGGGGGCGGGCGCCGCCUGGGCACACAGAGCUCUGCGGGCUCUGUGCUGGUCAAGGUGCGCCAGCCUUCUGGGGAGGUGGCCUUUGAGGAGGAACUUCCACUCGGCACGACGGUGAGGCAGGUGCUUGUGAAGCUUUGCACCCACUCAGAGCUGAGCCACCCGGGGCAGCUGACGCUUCUCCGAGGGAGCGAGAAGCUGAGAAUCGGCGCAUCGUUGGCAGAAGUCGGCCUGGUCGAAGGAGAUGAACUCCUGUUGGUGCGGGGUGGCCUACGCACCACCUACGUUCGCUGCCAUGCUCCAAGCAACAGCGAGUACAUGUUCAGGAUGAUGCUGCUGGGACCGGCUGCCACAGGGAAGACCGCUUUUUUGAACCAGGCGGCGCGCGGCACCUUCGACCCUCUGUACAUCUGCACGAUAGGUGUGGACUUCGCCUUGUGCGGGUUCCAGGCAGAAGAUGUUGGCCGCAUUCGGCUGCAGCUGUGGGACACUUCUGGGCAGGAGCGCUUCCGGACAGUCACCAUGUCACAUUGCCGCAACCACGCAGAUGCGUAUUUGGUCUUCUUCAACCUCGCCGAGCGGAAGACGUUUGAUGCCAUGUCCCAGUUUGUGCGCGACGCGAAGAACAUGGGCUCCAGGCGCAAAGAGAUGAUCCUUGUCAUCGUCGGAACCCAUUCAGACCUAGACAUCGUGGUCUCCAGCGAGGAGGCACAGGCUGCGGCAGACUCAUUCGGAGCUACCUACCAUGAGCCAGAAGACACGAGUGACGUUUGCAUCCCUCUUCCAAGCUUCUCCCCGCCCCCAAAACCUGUGCCGAGGCAGCCGCCGCCUCCACCCAUGCCACCAGACUGGAGUGAAUGGGCUUGGGAGAAGAAAAAGACAGAGCUUGCCGCCGAGCGAUUGCGGCGACAGUGCCAGGAGGAGGAAGAGCGAGCAGCCCCGGAACCACCAAAGCCGCGUGCGGCGCCGCCGGCACGGGGGGUGCCUGCGCCGACCGAGGACUUGCCCAAUGCUUGGCGGCCCUGGAGGUGUCCCAUCUUCCCGUGGCAGAAGCAAGCGGAGGAGCGCCGGCCCUCCAAGCCCUCAAAGACCGCGGUGCCUGGCCACACCCAGAAAAGCCCACCAGCCGACCAUGGUAAGGGAGAGCCAGGCAGGAGUGAGAAUUUGGCGAGUUCCUUCAGAGUCGUUCUGUUUGUGGGUUUCGGGUUCAUUUUCUUUUUUCGGAGCUGUGGGCAAAAAAAAAGGCACAAUGGGCCGUUGACUGCUGCGGUUUAUGGAAAACAUGCGGGGGAGAAGCUGAGGCAUUGUGACAGGGAUGUGGCAUGCACAAGCUUCCUUUUUUUACCGGGGGUCUUUGACCACUGCGUCAGCCAGUCUGAAGUUUCAGCCGGUACCGUUGUCCUAGUGAAAGGAACAGGGUCCGUCGCAGGAAUACAACUCACCAAGGUUGUGGGCUCUUGGGCGGGAUCUGAAACAACCUUGGGAAUAGGCGUGGUCGACAAAGGGCACUAA